GAUGCCGUCUUGUGUUGUAAUAUUUCAUAAUUUUUUUACACUUUUCCUCUAGUUUCUCUUAAAAUAAAAACCGCCUCACGGCGCUUGAACACAGCCGAGCCUGCGCGAACUCGUACCGAUAUGAAGGUGUUUGCUGCUCCGUGACAAAAUGUUUUUAUGUUGGUUCUUGGCAGAAUGCAGAAUUCAGAGAGUCCGUCAUCGAGGCCCCUGGCGGCCCCGGAGGGCAGCAUGGCACGGCCCCCGGGCGCCCUGGGCCAGCUGUCCGAGUCAGCCCGGCCCUCUAGGCACAGGGAGCACCCGUCCAGGUCACCAAGGAGACGGCGGGAGGGGAAGAGGUCGCAGCCACGGGGGGAUGGUCACGAACAGCUGCUGUGGGAGAUCGAGCGGCGAAGGUUGCCAGGCCAACACGAGCAUUCGGAGCCCUCCGGUUCAGCGAGCGACGCAGCGGAAAGCUCUCCUAAGAGAAGAGCCCAUUUUCUUCAUGGACCGUAUCCGGCCACCCACUUCGGACCCAAAGCCUGCAUUCUUCCCAACCCGACUUCAGUGAUGCACAUCCAAGACCCGGCCAGCCAGAGACUCACCUGGAACAAGCCUCCGGUCAACGUGCUGGUCAUCAGGAAGAUCCGAGAUGAGAGUCUGGUCGAGCCCUUCAAGGAACUCUGCAGAUUUCUGGUGGAGGAGAAGCAGAUGAUGGUGUACGUGGAGCGGAGGGUCGCCGAUGACGCCACGCUGUCAAAGGACGAGGCCUUCGGAUCCAUCCGGAACCAGCUCUGCACCUUCAGGGAGGGUUACGACGACAUCUCCGACUGCAUCGACCUGAUCAUCUGCCUGGGCGGCGACGGCACUCUGCUCUACGCCUCCUCUCUCUUCCAGGGCAGCGUUCCCCCGGUGAUGGCCUUCCACCUCGGCUCUCUGGGCUUCCUCACGCCCUUCAAGUUCGAGUCGUACAAGACCGAAGUCGCCAAAGUGUUUGAAGGCAACGCGGCCAUCACCCUGCGCAGCCGCCUGAAGGUGAAGGUGGUGAAGGACAUGCUGCAGCGCACCGGCCAGCAGCAGGAGCACAACGGCCUGCUGCCUCACGGGCACGCCAACACCGAGGCCGGGAAGGUCACGCUGCAGCUGCAGGUGCUGAACGAGGUGGUGGUGGACCGGGGCCCCUCGUCCUACCUGUCCAACGUGGACCUGUACCUGGACGGACGCCUCAUCACGUCGGUGCAGGGAGACGGUGUGAUCGUGUCCACGCCCACGGGCAGCACGGCGUACGCGGCGGCCGCCGGGGCCUCCAUGAUCCACCCCAACGUCCCCGCCAUCAUGGUCACGCCCAUCUGCCCGCACUCGCUGUCCUUCAGGCCCAUCGUGGUCCCGGCGGGGGUGGAGCUCAUGAUCACCCUGUCCCCCGACGCCAGGAACACGGCCUGGGUGUCGUUUGACGGCAGGAAGAGGCAGGAGAUCCAGCACGGAGACUGCAUCAAGAUCACCACGUCCUGCUACCCGGUUCCGUCCAUCUGCUGCCACGACCUGGUGUACGACUGGUUCGAGAGCCUGGCGCAGUGUCUGCACUGGAACGUGCGCAAGAGGCAGGCGCGCCUGGCCGACGCCUCCGACUCGUCCGACACGGAGAACUGACGGGACGCUCCGAGAAACCUGAUCGGGUUUCUGUAUAUUUUGUACAUAGAGGGCUCCAGGAGCUGAUCUCGUGUCUUGUGAUAUUUAUAUGUUCUCCGGGCAGGA